AUGGAUGUUAAUAGCCUACUCAACUAUCCGGGUGAGAACGAUUCAUACUCAGAAGUUCAAAGUCUAGAAGAAAUUGUGUCUACUGUUCUUAAUGGUGAAGAUGAAGUUGAAGAUGAUGAGGAAAGACAUGUGCAAGUAGUUACACGCGGAAAAAGCAGAGAUACACAAAACAAGCUUCGCGAUGGUGGUGAUCGGAAAGCUUCGCUGGUGGAUGUACUGAGGAACUGGACAACGGCGGUGACUGCUUCGUGUGUGAUGCCACGUUUCUGA